AUGAAAGCCCUCUACCUCUUUGCCCUUUUAUGGGCCAUCUCUGCUUGGGCUAUACCACUGCUGUCUACUUCGGCGGAACUGGCUUAUCCUACUCUCACGCAUGUGCUUGUUGUCAACCUUUGCUGGCGCGUGCAUGAAGGGACUGAAGCUGAACACGCAGUCUGUCAUUACCUUGGUCCUCAGCCUCUUGGUACAGGCGAUGAUGAGUGCUCUGCAAUGAUUGAAAAGGGAAAGGAUCUCUGGAGGACUGGGAAGAUCGGCGCUUCCAAGGAGUACCAGAACUCAUCUAAACAUCCUGCGCAUGCCAAAGUGGUCUACAGACGCUCUGAUGACCACUUAGAAAGCGAUGCCGAGGAAAAUAGUGAAGGCAACGGACACGAUGGCUAUCAGACAGAAGCUGCUAAGACGACCGCAAAAGCUAGUCAGCCAACUGAGACGACGUCCGAAGAGAAUCAUACGAGUACAAAGGGCGAAUCUACAGCGACAGUGGCAUCCUUGGUGUCUUCUCAUGAGACGACACAAUCUUCGACCGAGAAUAUGUCUAAAACAGAGGCAUCUAAAACUUCUGACACAAAGACAAUCUCUACGACUGAAAGUCGCACUUCGGUGGUCACCAGCACAUCUAAAGCAUUUGCUACUACCUCGCAUCCAUCAAGAGCCCGCACUACCAUUGCUCAGGCUCAACAGACGAGCUAUCGGAAGUUCGAUAUGGCCAGUUACCAUCGGAGUUCCAUUGCUGCCGGUGUGAUCUUCGGCUUUCUCGCCUCCCUAGCAGUUGUAUGUGUCUUUGUGAUGUAUGUCAGGAAGUGGAUCAGGGCCUGGAAGCGUCGACAGCAGGGCCGGUUGGGUGAUUCUGUUCUCCCUCUGGUUGAAGAUGGUAGGACCUCCAGAUCCGGUACGGCGCAGGGCUAUCCCUCACGAAUGCGAGAUCACCAGUCUCCGAUGUGGGCUCCCAUUCAACCUUCAGAGUCUUCUGUUACCGUCGCCGUUGGACAGCAACAUUCGACCCAUGAAAUGACUCCCAUCUCGACGAAUAGCGGAAGCAACACUCCUGUUGGUAGAACACCCACCGACUCUCAGGGGUCUUCUUCCAACAGCACAGACUCACAAAUCCGAGUCGUUACCGGGCUCAUCCCUUCAGUUAUCGUGGUCCCUCCCACGCCUAGUCCGGUUCUCGAGAUGCCAAGUAACAAUACUCCCCUCCCGUCUGCUGAAAUGGGCUCCGGUGACAAUCGUGACCGCACCCCAAUGACUCCUCGACACCAGAGCCGCCACUCGGAACCGACCCUUCGCACUCACGAUGGUUCGACUCAUCCGUCAUGGCUCCCCUUUAUUCCGAGGUGGUCAGCCUCUCCGAUUAUCAAUGUCUCUGAUCACAUGGGACAUUAG